AUGCGAGUUCUUUCGACUAAAUCAGAUUUCUACAUAGAUUAUACCGAUGAAAGCGAGCCAGAAGAGUCAAACACCGGUGAAAUGGAGCGUCAACAAAGUUCGACCGAACCAGGUUCACCGAAUGACAUAAGAACACCACAAGCUGGUCUAAAAACGGAAAAGCACACGACUUCUGUGAAGCACGAUGAUGACGAUGGUGAAGAUGAUGAUGAUGGAGCAGAUGAUGUGACAGAUAGCUUUCCCGGAGAUAUAGGACCACCUGGAGUGGGACCGCCGGGA